CAACAUGCUGUCCCUAUUGGUGAAAUGGGUGACAUUGACACUUGAAACAAUUUAUCUAGCAUCACUACUUAAAAACAUUGUGGUUGUUACUUAAUUGUAUGUUCAUUUCAUUUUGUCAACCGGCAGACUAUCGGUAUAUAAACAGUGCUGAAUUCAUAUAUGUUAUGCUUAAAAAAAUGAUAUCUCUGGCCAGUGGUCAGAUAGUUUGAUUGGAAAAGAAUGAUUAAAAUUGGAAACGGAACAGCUCUUUGUUCGAAUAACUGAAAAAUUACGCGUUGGUUUAUAGAACGUAAAAUAAGGAUUUAUCUUUUUCUUGCCUUACUUUAAAGAAAAGAAACAACAUGGUUUACGAAUAAAAAUAUCAUUUUGCCAAAGAAAAAUUUGAAAAUGGUGAAAAAAAGUGAAAUGCUGCUAAAAAAAUUCGAAUGAAUGAAUCAUUGAAUGAGGCAACUAAUAAAUCAUUAAUUUUCAUCAAUACAAAUAAAAAGCCAUAAAUAAUUUUCAAAUUAAAAUAUGGUUUGAUUGAAAAACAUCACGGUGUACCAGCUGAAGACGUUAACAAAUUGCAAGCAAUAUUUUUGAAGUGUAAAAUUAAAAACGAAGCAAACUUAAUAAUAUUCACAUAUUCUAAAACUGAUGUUGACAUUCACCAUGAAUGCUCGAGAUAAAAAUUAGAAGACGACGAUUUCAACAAGGUAACGCAAACCCGGUUUAUUUGUCAAAAAUAAAGUUCAAACGAUGGAUGCAUUGGGACUUACAAAAACAAAUAUUUAAAACCGAAACAAAGGUUCAUGGCAAUUACUUAGAUCCGACCAGCAACAUGUGUUCUAAAACGAUUAGCAAUUAAAUAGUUCUGAAUAUGACAAACUGAAUAUGGUAAAUCCUUGAUCAACUUGUUAAAAAUCAUUGAUCAGACACUAAAGUAAUAGGAAACUUCUUUAUAGGUGACCAAGCUUCUGUCUAAACCAAGCAAUUGGAUGUCAGAAAUUGCCUAUGCUCUUUAGAAUAGACCGCCUAUUCAAUUAAACAGGAAAACGUUUUCUACUUUAUUGUUAUUGAAAAAUGAGAUUUUAAAUAGGAAAGAGUUGGUACUAAAAAUAUAAGAAAAAUGAUCUACCAUACAAAUAAAAUGAUCUACAAUGUGGGUAAUACUAAAACCAUCACACUGAACAAUGGCAUGGCACUGAGUGUCCUAGAAUUCCGGUGACAUCAAACAUAACUAAGUAAACAUUAUGACAAAAUAUAGGCAAGUAAGGUUUGGGGGUAACUCGAAAGGAAAGAAAUGGCAAACUAGAGAAUAAGACUAACAAAUUACAUUGAACUGGUGAGGCAUCCUGGCAUAUACUUCAGAGCCACACCAAACACCCUGGAACACCAGAACAAAUAAAAUAAAGGUAAACUAAAUUAACAUAUAUACAUCUUCUUGAUUAUUAAGUUUGAUUACAAAAUUUGACCAAAAUGUUUCGCUUAAAUGAGCAUUUUCUAUAAAUGCGACGAUAAACCAAAUAUGUCCCACAUUGAACCAGAAUGAUCACUCGGGUACCUGCCUAUGAUUGUCUAGCUUCCCUUCUAAGGUGACCUAAAUUGCCCUUACUCUUCUUUUUCCCAUUGUUUUCUCAUAUUUUUCAAUGCCUGACAACGAACCUUCGCUAGGUGAUCGGCAGAAGAACUGUCGUUUCUAAAUCAAACAAUAUUGAAUUUGUCAACUAAUGAAUUCAUUCGAUAACGGACUUGUUGGUAUUUCAAAAUGAUAGUUGAUCACACAGAUUCUCUCAACCUGUUUCUUUCUGGAUUGCAAAAUUCACAAGCGAAUGCGGUAAACAGCGCCGAAGUUAUUAUGCAAACAUUGCAAAGCCUCCUAACUUUGGGCAGCAGCUGGCCUAGAACAAAAUGUCUUCAAACGGGAGGUGUCUGCUGUCUGUAGGUUGCUUUAACAAGGCUUUCAACGCGUGAGAAAAUUUAGGAUAAAAAUAUUUGUCCGUUGCAGGAAUCCGUUAAUGGAAGCUGUCUGCUAAUGGAGGUUACAUUGUAACCAAAACUUCCAAAUGCAAGGAGGUCGUCUUGAAUUCUGAGGGGCAAAAGUGAACACCUUCCCGUAAUAUUUUGCAUAAUCAUACAAAAGAGCAAUGUGCCGCUGUAGGCUUUUUGUUUAAGAAACUUGUCAUCCGUGCUUUCAAACAAAACUCGAGAAACUACGGCUAUUUCGGCCGGUGCGCAUAUCUCCGUGCAAAACACCACCAUCCAAAUGCAAGAAGUUAAAAUGAGAAAGGGGCAAUACAUACAAUGUUGACCAAUAAGAUACUGAUCUAGCAGGAUUAUGAAUAUCUAGUCCACCUGCCAAACAAUUUACUUUAGAAAGAUGUGAAUGAACUGAAUUCAUAGAAAUCCGGUUUUUGCAAUGUCUCAGAAAGAAAAAAUUCUAUUUGGAUGAUAAAAGGAUUAACAUGAUUCAAAUAUUCAGUUCUAUAAUUUAGAAUCUUGUGUCAUUCUAGAACAUCGCAAUACGUUUUCAGGUUGACUGAAAACACUACUUGACUUAAUUAUCGACAUUUUGCAACUUAAACAGUUGCUACGUUUUACAAUCAACAUAAAUAUUUGGGUCAUCAAAGGCUAUGACAAGACAGACAGCAAAUGACACAUCUCAGUUCAGUUCUUUCUUACAAUAUAAUAUCGCUUAACAACUUUUACAAAGAAGUUUGUCCCGAAUGUGAUUAUACAAUGAAAGAAUAUGAUAUCCGGCGAUUUGGUGGACCAUUUCAUACAUAAUACCCAACACAGAUAUACAAGGUCCUUAAUCUGGAACAGAUUCCUACAGAGGUGAGUUAAUAUACUUGUGUUUCCAAUUUGCAUCUAAGUUGAAAACUUAAAACGUUUAGUGAUUUAGGUCUUAAUUACUAGGUAGCUUUCGGGUUGUAUCGCAAAUUUUGACUGUUGACUCUAGACUGUGAGAUAUUUGAAGGAUUUGUUUCAAACAUGGAUAGUCCGUAAGUUUAAGCCAACAAACAACCCCUUUCUUUAAUAAAACGCAGUUUUUAGCAAAGACACAACUCACAAUACACAAAAGUUUUCUACGCAAACAGGGUAAUGAUUUAAGGUGGCCUUAAACUUUUCGGGUGUUCCGAUUGUCAGACUUACGGCAGAUGGCUUAUUAAAAUCAAAAUGGACUGUAGCCGAGAUAUUGUGAUCUAGCCUACAGCCACCACGGCAUGGAAGACGUAUUUUUGCUAUUUCCAGGAAACUUCUCGAGGAUCUCUGGGGCAGGCAUGCUCUACGCCCAAGUUUCUGAAUCUCAGCAUUGAUCUGGGAUCUGGGUGACACCCUAGGCUUUAGAUAUAUAGUUUGUAAUAUAGCUUGAAAAAUCAUUAGAUAUUUGUGCAGACUACUUGACAGUACUUGACUCUUGCAGUCGUAAUAUUCCUUUCUGUUUACAUAAGUACAACUACACGAUCAAUAAAACUUUACAAACAGGAGGUUAAGAAAUACGCAAAAACAGGUCACAUAACUGUUAAAAAUAUGAAAAGACAGUAACAGGUUGUUGCCACAGACAGUUUUAUUACCAGAAGCAGACAAUCGAGGGUUGGCAAUAUUUGCAUCAGUUUCUUUAUUCUAUUUAAACGAGUUUCAAUAAAUUCAGUACAAAUAAAGGAAGCAAAGAAAAAAAAUACCUUUAUAAUACUCGCAAUAGCCUAAAAGUUAAACAUACGAACUUGCCAAAACAGAAGACACUGGUCUUUCGUAGAAUAAAACUUUACCACCUUGAUGACCCUGAUUAUUGGGACAGUCAAGUUUUUAACUUAUCGAACAAAACUUCCUGGAAACAACUGUCCUUAUUUAGACCAGCUUUUGAUGGAAAUAUGUCUUUUCAAACUGUAUUUAACAUAAAUCUAGUCAAAAUUGAAACAGAAAUUACAGCCAAUGUUAAACAAGUCGCUCACAUAGAAAAGGCUCCUUUUAAACACGCAUUACUCUUGGCAUACCAUGCACAUAGGGAGGAUAUUUACACAGGAGGACAAAAAACGAAGGACAAUAUCAACUUUGACUGUAAAAUACACCAAUUUGAGGACCACUCGACACUCUCAAUAUCUGAACUUCAACUCUUAUAAUUGAGUUGUAGCUCAGGUAUGAAUUAGAGUUGAAAUUCGCCACUCCCUAAAUCUGAACUACAGCACUUUUGGUUCAGUGUUCUUUUCCCUUUCGAAACGUCUUGCUGCCUUUAAAAAACUUUCGAUGGUAUGUUUACUUUAAAUCUUAGUUGCUGUUAUGUUCUCGUAUGAAUGAUGUUCUGACCAUAACAAGGUGAAAGGAUUUUUUUAAAAUAUUGACGAAAUAGCUUCUUCGUUACUUAUUUCACUUCAAUAUACAUUUUCACAAUACUCCAGUUAUUCUUGAAAUCGUAUUUGAUGUAAACUAUUUUAAGACAAUGCUUGUUAUUUUUUGCAUAGCUGAUUUUGAGAAAGUUUAGUGAUUUCAAGCAGCGCUAUGUUGGUGCAAAGUUUAACAACAGAGAAAGAAAGCCAUUGUGAUACAAGUGACAUCAACUUCAACUUGACAAAAAACAUCAUUGCAAUUGUCAUUGGAUAAGUAAUGUGCAGCUGUAAAAUCGUUGCUUAAAGGCAGUAAACCGUUGGCUACUGCUUGUUGAAAAUCGAGGGUCUGCAUAUCUAAAGAAGCGUCAAAAAUUAGUAGGGCAAUAGCCAAACUAUUAUAAUAUUCUUUAAAUGUUUUGUUUUUUGGCCCAAAACAUCCAAAGGCUAAUUUUUCCAAGCAAAGUCAUCGAAGAUGGUAUUCAAAAUGAGUCCAGAACUCUAUUGAAACAAAAUCAAGAAAAUGAAAUCAACCUGUCUACAUAGACCAGGUAUAUUACCAGCAAGCCAAUCAACCGCUUCAUGCAAAUGACGAUCGUAAAACAUUACUAAUUAAGGACGAAUCCAAGAAUCUCCAUGAAACUUCAAUUUACCUAAAUUAAGGCCCGCAGCUAAAAUGUGUGAAAAUGUACGCACAAACAAUUAAAUAAUGAUCAACAAUAACGGAAAAGGGUGAAAAUCAAUCGGCAGCUUGAUAUCGCUAAUUGAUUAUACUCGGCAAAUAGUACAACCAAACGCUGCUGCUUUUGGGUGAAUUGAAAUCAUAUUUACAAACUGGCAGGUGGAUAGAUGAUAAAACCGGUCGGUAACAGAGAUGUCUGAUAGAACACAUCUCCAUUUGACAGGAAGAUCGAUUCGUGAUAGGUCACGAAGAGUGGAAUAACAUAUGAAACUACAUAAUCUAUCGAUAUUAUGCGGUACUUAAUAUAUCAAUGCAACGUGAAGGCAAUACCGAAAACGGACACCAGUGAUGGCAAGCUAGCUAAGGAUUCAACUUGCGUUGACAGAAGCUACUAGACUGUUUGGUCUAACAAUAUUUUACAGUAGGUUUUGAGAAAAUUCUGAUAAAGGACAUGGCAAAUGACACUGAAACUCACGACUGCAGCCUUCCCACGCAUGCAAGAGCAUUUGGUCUGGCACUAAUCGUAAUGAUAAUGGUUCUUGGUGUCAUAGGCAACACAGUCGUCCUGCUUGUCGUUGGCCUUCUCAGACGUCGGCAUGAGACAGUUUCUUAUAUAUUCGUGAGCAACGUUGCUGCUAGUGAUCUAUUGACCUCGCUGACCGUACUGCCUUUUGACAUUUUAUACUGGCACAACUUUCCGGUGUUUCCUUUAGCUCCAAAUUUCUGUCGAUUGUGGAAUGCAUUUUUCUUUACGUUCCUAGCAGAAUCAUCCUUAAGCUUAUGCAUGAUGACAUUUGACGUAUUUCUCGCGAUAUAUCGACCAUUACACUACAGUAUGUCGAUGAAUCCACGACGGGCGUACAUGUUCAUCUUAGUGUCGUGGGCAUGGUCAAUUACCGUCGGCGUUUUGAUUUACAUCUAUCAAGAGGAGCCUCCAGAAGGUGAAUACCUCUUUGAUCUUGCAUCCCCAGCAUACGGCUCAUACCUUAUACUUCACAUUGGCUUCCCAUCAGUGGUGAUCCCGUUGUUCUACAUAAAAGUCUUUCUUAUCGCCAAGUCGCAUGCAAGCAGAAUCCAUUCAUGUGAAAAGGAUACGAAGUCAAAAGGCAAGCUCUCAAUCAGGAGACAGCUAGCUUUAGCAAAGACAUUUUUCCUUAUAACUGUGGGUUUUUUUGUAUGCUGGUAUCCAUUCUUCAUCGUUCAGCUUUUCUAUGUUUUCGGCUGGGACGCAGGCGUGGACUGGUGCGAACUUGAGACGGCGGACACGGUUGUCUGCUGGCUAGCGUACGUUCAGUGCUGCCUCAAUCCCAUAUUCUACGCAUUUAGGCGAAAAGACGUACGGCAUGUCCUGAAUCACUCACUAAGACGAGUCGACACGAUAAAGAACACAAUAACGAGACAGGAGCCAACGUGCGGGAAGCCCGAGGAAGACAUCGAGCUAACGACGUAAAAAUGAAACAGCUUUAAUUUGCGCUGAGCCCAGGAAGGGUAAUGAUUCCACGGUUGAAGACAAAAGGGGAGAUGGCUUAGCGUAAGAAUAUUCAAGCAUCACCUUGGUUCCACUGGUCAGCAAAGAAAACCAAGGCUAGAUGCCUUUGGAAGCAGGAAAGCAUUCCGGACUCUAAAAAUGAUUUUCGGUAGAAUUUAAUCAUCUGCUGUUUGUCGAUUUUGAGCUGUUGUUUAUUGACAGCAUUAGAUAUUCCUCCAAGGCUCCUAUGUUUACUCUAAAACCCCCUUCAAACUGCACCACCAUACUACUUUUUUACAUGAAAGCAGGUAGCAAAAUAUCUACUCUCGUUUGCUUUCAAAGAACUUCUUGUUUUAAUCUGCUUUUGAUGAAAAUAAACAAUUCGUACUACGCAAUCAAAUCAAAUCAAAUAUUACUAUUGACAGUGUAUUAAAAGCCUGAACUAUGUCACAAAGAAAAUUUCGUUUCCGACCAGUUUUUGCGGUGUGAAGUGUAAAAAUAGAUUUAGGCAUCUUUGUAAGCGGCUAAAUCCUGGUUAAUGAAUAUGCGUGUUGAAAAGUGGUUUUAAAAAGUUUUUAACUUAACAUCUUAAGCACAUACAACUUUCUACCAGCAAUUUAUUUAGGACUGUCUGUUUUGGUAAUUUACGUUAUAUUAUGUUUGGUGUCACCCUUAACUUCUUUUUGAUGUAAUUUCUUUUGGAUGCCGCUUUCACUUCAAAUAGGACGGCACUCUUGAAAUUUGUUUCAGCUCAUCACCAAAAAAGAGUUGCAAUUGAAUUACACACUAAACCACUGAUAAGAUUGCUUGAAGAUCGAAUCUUGAAGCAGAAGAUUCAUAUAUCUAAGAAACCGAAUUGUUGAUAAGUUUUCUCAAUUCAAAACUUUGGAAUAACUUGCUUGAGAGAUAAAUUAAUGACGUCGGACUUUCCUGCAGCUACAAUUUUACAAUCAUCUAAGACUGAUAGAUUCGAUUUGGCUGCUCUUUGCCUUGAUGAUUAGCCUUAUGAUGGUUCACCAGAACACAACUGUCAUUUUUAACAACUAAGGAAGAAAUAUUUACAGCAAGAUUAUUGAGACAGUUUUGAUUCCUCAACUGUGAGUAAAAUUGCCUAUAAACAGCUAAAAGCAGCACAGGUGGCCUUCCGAAAUCCCAAAAAUCAGGAUCUCUUUGCGUUUCUCUUAAGCCUUAUUUCCAGAUGUCGAUUUCGAGACGGCGCAGUUGAAAAGUAAUUCCUAAAACAUUUGAUCAAUUAAAGGCAAGUCCCUUUUUUAAUAAACUGGCUACGGGAGCUUUAGCCCCAAAAAUAAUUUUCGACCCUCCAAGUUCGUUGGUUUGGAGAUCCAUUCGUUACUAACGUUACUAAUUUCGACCCUCCAAGAUCGUUGGUUUGGAGAUCCAUUCAUUGAAGAUCAAUAUUGUCAUGCCAGAGUGUUUAGGAAGAAUGCAGAAAGAACUGGUCGAAAGAUUAAGGCCCCGUUUACACGGGAACGGAUCCGCAUAGAUUCGUACCCAAACUGGCUAGGAUAGGCCUUGCUUUUACACGGGCACGGUAGGAUCCGUCGUAUCUUGUUAGGAGAGAUCCGUACCUUUUUGGGUACGAUUCGAACGCAAAUUCAUUUGGACCCGUACCUUCAACGGGAAGAUACGGAUCCACAAAGGCACGGCAGUAAAACGAGACUGUUGCUGGGGUUAAUGGAGGCCAUUUCAAUUGUACUCCAUAAACCACAACAGAAACUUUACCAAAAGUUGAAGAACAAACGAAAUUUCAACUCCGCCUGAAAUUGGUUGACAGCUGGUGAUCCUAUCCGGAUUUUAUACCACUGAUCAUACAACAUAGAAACUACUUUCCCACCCUCAUUCUUUUUUCCACAGUCGACAGCCUUUCUGAACCUUGUUUUCGUCAUGUUUAUGGUCCUCGAUGUCCUCCCGCCAAAAUAAAAAUUAAAAAUUACCUUAUUACGCAUGCUUUAAAAGAGAGAUUCGAUUUUGGUCCGUUCCCGUGUAAACGCUAUAUAGUUUAGGAUCCAAUCUCGUGUAAACGCUUGUCGAUGGUACCUUUAUCGUACCAAAAGGUCCGGAUCUUUCAAAUCCGUUACUUUUUCUUUCGUGUAAACGGGGCCUAAGUGUCUAUAAGCUCUAGAAAAUGGAAAACCGAAGGGAGGAAUUGAAAAUUAUAUUUGUGAUAAGGAUAAGACUAUUAACAAAAAUAACUAAACAAAAGCGCCCUUCUAAGAAAAAAAGAUUUUCCAGGUAUUUAUUUCGGGCGGUUCCCCAUUUUCAAGUGGCACCCAGGUACCUGUCAGUGUCCUAUCUGCUAAACGACACUGUCAAUUCUAGAAAGAGAUGCUAGUCGCUGCUAGAUGUUGAGAAUAUUCGCUUUAUCAGUAGCAAAAAUGAACUUAAACUUUAACGAGAAUUAACGCAUCAAGUGAAUUUCUCAUUCAAUAGCUGACUGUUUUCACUAGAUUAAAACGAACUCAGGUCGAGAUUAGGGCGUUGAAUGACCCUUCGAUCCGGCUAAAAUCAACGAAAGAGUGAUGAGUUUUUGAUCAAACCUAAUUAUAAGCACCGAUUUUCAAAGGAUAACCGGCCCGUUGAUGUGAAGACUUAAUUUGCAGUGUGUGAAAACAAAUACUUAUCUCAAAUGAUUGGUUAAAAAUUAAAUGAGGCAAUGAGCUCUGUUGAUGAUCAAAUUUAAUGCUACAACAGUCACACAAAGCAUGACACCAAAUUGUCGAAAAUAAAUUAAUACACUGCUAAUUACAUGCAAAAUUAAAUUUUUCGUUGUUUAUUGGGCUAUUGUUUAUUGUUUAUUGAUGAUCACUUAGUUCAAAUUUUUAAGUUAAUGUUAGAGUUUCAAAAGCAAACCAUCGUUAUGAUAAUAUCACAAAAAGAAGCUGAUUUAGUGCAUUUCGCAGAACUCUGGUUAGGGAAUGCGAGUAAUUAGAAAUCAUUGGCGUUGAAGUCCGUGUCACUGACCAACAAAACAGCUGCAUAACUUUCUAUAGAAGCCAUGCAUAUGUUCCCAUGUAAUUUCAUGCAAUUCAGAAGCAAUCUUCUUUGCAAAUGAAUAAUACCAUGCAUAGUUAGUUUUCUUUAA